CGCACAAGUACGUGACAACUUUUGGUGCAUCCAACAAUUGUAUCAUUCCUCCAUUUUCGCCACAAGAGGAUCAACUAGUUUUGCCAUGUUGCGCUCACUCUCGUCCAAGCUACCGGUCACCAGACUGGCCACGCGCGCCUUCUCAUCCUCCGUAGCGGACUCGCAUCUGCUGGUGAUCAACGCUGGCAGUUCCUCGCUCAAGUACUCACUAUUCGGCCUGGAACCUGAAGGCGUGGGUGCCGCUGUCUUCACGGGCCUCGUGGAGCUGUCCACGCCCAGCAGUAAGAACGGCCGCAUCACACACAAGACGCUGGCCACGGGCAAGAAGGAGCAGAUCGAAUUGCCUCUGGACACGCACCGUACAGCCCUGGAGACGGCCGUGGGCAAGUUCUUCGGCUCAGAUCUUGAAGGUAUCAAGGCCGUGGGCCACCGCGUCGUGCACGGCGGCGAGGCCUUUAGCCGCGCCUCACUGGUUGACAAUCAGGUGAUUGAGGCCAUCAAGGCCAACGUUAAACUGGCCCCACUGCACAACCCUGGCAAUCUACUGGGUAUUGAGGUGGCCACCGAGGUCUUUGGCCCGUGUCCACAGGUCGUGGUCUUCGACACAGCCUUCCAUGCUACAAUGCCGCCCAAGGCCUUCACGUACGGCAUCCCUCACAAACUCUACGAGGACUUUGGCGUGCGUCGCUACGGUUUCCACGGUACCAGCCACCAGUUCGUAGCCAAGAAGGCCGCUGCUCUCCUCGGCAAGCCUGUGGAGCAAUGCAACUUUGUCACGUGCCACUUGGGCAAUGGCUCGAGUAUUGCGGCUAUCAGCAAGGGACGCUGCAUUGAUACUAGCAUGGGUGUGACCCCGCUGGAAGGUCUUGUAAUGGGCACGCGCUGUGGUGACGUCGACCCUGCGCUCCACGCCUUCCUGUGCAAGGAACUGGACAUGACUAUCCAGGAGGUGGACACUAUGCUCAACAAGAAGAGCGGGUUGCUCGGUAUCUGUGACGAGAGCGACAUCCGCGUCAUCCAGGACCGCGUACGUGCAGGAAACGACCCCGCUGCUGCGUUAGCGCUGGACGUGUUCGCCCACCGUGUGCGCAAGUACCUCGGUGCCUACGCACUGGAACUGGGUGGUGACCUGGACGCUGUCAUCUUUACGGCCGGUAUUGGCGAGAGCUCGGCUAUGAUCCGAGAGCGUGUGUGUCGCAAUCUGGGCUUCCUCGGCAUUGAGCUGAACGAAGACAAGAACGCCGUGUCCAUGAUGGGCUCUGGACCUGUCGAGAUCCAGGCCGACAACGCCAAGACCAAGGUGCUGGUUAUCAACACGGACGAGGAACGCAGCAUCGCCGAGCAGACGUACGAGAUCGCACUCAAGAACUAAACUGCGAAUGCUUUUUGAACAACAUUUUGUCGACAGUCAUUCUUCACUGAGUUCUUUGCCGUAAUUGCAGAGACAACAAGGGAAUGAUACCGAAAGAAAAAAAAUAUUUUCCUCUUUCGGUAUCAUUCCCUUGUAAUAUAUGGUUGCUCAUCACCUUCACUCUUCGGUUUGCCAG